AUGAAAUGCAGGAUGAAAAUAAUUUCGUAUGUGAUGACUUGGGAUCGUGGUGUGACAAACUAUGUGAAGAAAACCAGUGUAUCUGAUCACGUUGAGGCAUAUAUCCAAUUGACAGUACUCAAGGAAGCGCGCUCAAAGGCAUCUCAUUCGAUCAGCGCCGUAGAUUCGAUGAGGACGAAGCAGCGGAGAUCAGCACAACAAAGUUGA